ACAUCAUCCUGUUCCCAGCGCUUAAUCCUUCCGAGGGUUCCAUUCACGCAACAUUUCACGCAUAAUUCAUUCGCUCUCGUUGAACCGUAAAUUUUAUUGAAAUUAUUCUUUCGUUACAUAUUGAGGAGGAAGUAGCUUUUCGCUUCCUUUUGAUUUCGCUUAAAAGACCGUGCUGCCUUGUUACAAUAUCUUCCAAACAGGGGCUAAGACUGUAGGUGGGUGCUGCUGCGUUCAAAAAGAUAGGAGCACUGAUAGACAAGAUUGGAAAAUGCUGGGCUCAUUGCCAAUACUGCCUCUCCCAGCACCACCCUCCGAUGGGAAUCUUGGCCCAACACCUCCGGCUCAAGUGAUAGAGGAAUCUAAAGAUGAAGAGAUGAAUGGGGACAAGACCAAUGAUAAUGAUGUAUCCAACUCUCUUCCAACAACAGUUAAAACCCACACGAAGACUAUUGGGAUCAUAUACCCACCCCCUGAUAUCAGAAACAUUGUAGAUAAAACCACACAAUUUGUGGUUAAGAAUGGGCCCGAGUUUGAGAAAAGAAUCAUUGCCAACAAUGAAGGCAAUGCUAAAUUCAACUUCUUACGUGCCUCUGAUCCUUACCACGCUUACUAUCAACACCGGUUAUCUGAAGCUCGGGCCCAAAAUCAAACUUCUUCCCAGCAGCAGCCAUCAGAGCUUGCUGAUUUGUCAGCUCCUGAGUCUGCUGCUACUGCUCCAGCUGCUGAUGCCAGUGAUGCCUCUGUAAAGCUUGAUCCGUCGGCUCAGUUUAGACCCGUCCGAAAGCUUCUAGAGCCACCAGAAGCGGAGCAGUACACUGUUCGACUUCCUGAAGGGAUUACAGGGGAGGAACUGGAUAUAAUUAAGCUCACUGCUCAAUUUGUGGCUCGGAACGGAAAGUCUUUUUUGACAGGUUUGACAAGCAGGGAGAUCAAUAAUCCUCAGUUCCAUUUUCUGAAGCCAACCCACAGUAUGUUCAUGUUCUUCACAUCACUUGCUGAUGCGUAUUCCAAAGUAUUGAUGCCUCCCAAAGGAUAUACUGACAAGCUGAGAAAUAGUGUUGCUGAUAUGACGACCGUCCUGGAACGCUGCUUGCAUAGGCUCGAGUGGGAACGGUCACAAGAGCAGGCGAGGCAGAAAGCUGAAGACGAGAUUGAACAGGAACGGCUUCAGAUGGCGAUGAUUGAUUGGCAUGAUUUUGUUGUUGUUGAGACUAUAGACUUUGCAGAUGACGAGGAUGAGGAUUUACCCCCUCCAAUGACACUUGAGGAAGUUAUAAGGAGGAGCAAGAUGUCGACUAUGGAAGAAGAAGAGAUUGCUGAACCUGAAAAGGAAGUAGAAAUGGAGAUGGAUGAAGAAGAGGUCCAGCUUGUUGAGGAGGGUAUGAGGGCUGCUAGUCUUGAAGAGAAUGGUGACAUGAAUAACAAUGGAGCCAAGCCAACUCUCGAAGAACAGGAACCGCCUAUGAGAAUAGUGAAGAAUUGGAAGAGGCCUGAAGAGAGAAUCCCUGCAGAAAGAGACCCAACUAAAUAUGGUGUCUCCCCAAUAACCGGUGAGCUGAUUCCCAUCAACGAGAUGUCUGAACAUAUGAGGAUCUCUCUUAUUGAUCCUAAGUACAAGGAGCAGAAAGAAAGGAUGUUUGCCAAGAUUAGAGAGACUACUCUUGCAGCUGACGAUGAAAUUUCCAGAAACAUCGUGGGACUUGCACGAACACGUCCUGAUAUUUUUGGUACUACAGAGGAAGAAGUUUCUAAUGCUGUCAAGGCAGAGAUUGAGAAGAAGAAAGAUGAACAACCGAAGCAGGUCAUAUGGGAUGGUCAUACAGGAAGCAUUGGUCGCACAGCAAGUCAGGCCAUAUCUCAGAAUAUUGCUGGGGAGGACCAAAAUGAUCCUACGAAUAACGAUGCGAGAAACCUUCCUGGUCCAGCACCUCCACCUCCUAGACCUGGUAUGCCAUCAAUUAGGCCUCUUCCUCCGCCUCCUGGUCUUGUUUUAAAUAUUCCUAGGCCUCCAACUACUCUCCAGUAUCCGACCACUUCAAAUGCUGGGGUAAUUGCACCGCCACCUCCAAGGCUGCCAGUUGUCAACAUGAUUCCUUCUGUUCGGCCUCCACCUCCUCCAAUGUCAAUGAUGCAAGGCCAACCUCUAAUGGUAAAUCGACCCCCAAUGCCUCCAUCAAUGCCCCUAAAUUCGUCAGGUGUCCCUGUUCCGCCACCACCUGGAUCGCAGUUUACACCUCUGGGAGGUGCCAGACCUUUUGUUCCCCAUCCCAUGUCCCAACCUGGUAUGCAUAUGGUUCCACCACCACCUAUGCCGCAAGGAAUGCCUCCACCACCUCCACCUGAGGAGGCGCCUCCACCGCUUCCAGAAGAACCCGAGCCCAAGAGGCAAAAGCUUGAUGACUCUAUGCUCAUCCCGGAGGAGCAAUUCCUGGCCCAGCAUGCGGGUCCUGCUUGCAUCAAUAUAUCUGUGCCGAAUGUUGAUGAAGGGAAUCUCAAAGGACAAGUGUUGGGGAUUACUGUAGCAUCCCUAUCUGAAACAGUUGGCAGUCUGAAAGAGAAAAUUGCUGGUGAGAUCCAGCUUCCUGCAAACAAACAGAAGCUGAGUGGAAAGGCUGGUUUUCUGAAGGACAACUUAUCACUUGCAUAUUACAAUGUUGCCCCAGGAGAUUCCCUGUCCCUUUCUCUCAGGGAACGCGGUGGUAGAAAGAGAUAAACUACCUGAUUUGGCUAGUCCUUUACAAGGUUCAUAUAGGAAACUGUUGUGUUACAAUGAAAGUUAUUAUCGUGAUCCUUUGGGAAGCUUUUGUUCCAUUCUUCUUUAUUGUCACUCCAGAUAUUAUUUUGGUCGUGUACUAUUUAAAUGUUUUGGAAGUUUAAACUGAUGAUUGUAUGGUAUCUACUACAGAUCUGGCAUCUUGGCGAUCAUCCCUCGAGGGUAAUGUGAAGUUGACUGAUUUUAUGUUAAUGAACAUCUCGAGUUUGAUAUUUGUUAUACUAAUUUAUGUUUUCUGCUUUUCUGUGCAGUUGCUCCUUCGCUAACUUGUGCUAAAUAGUUGUUGUGACCUCUGUUAUUCACUUGUUUCUGAGUGGGACUAUUGUUUUAUAGAUGUUAUACAGAUUCUGACCUCUGUUUUCGUGAGUUCUGUUAUAGGGAAGGAACAAUUGAAGGUCAUCCUUUGGAUAUAGAUUUUGUUUUCUAGAAGAUUUAUUCAUGGUUGAAUUGGAAGCCAAUUCUAUAGCAUGUUUCAUGCACCUAAUUUUCAUAUUAACUUGUCUUUAAUGUUGGGGGUUUAGCUUAGGGCUUUCUUAUGCCAGUUCUAUUUGAAAUUUAUAUACUUCGAAUCAGCUUUUAACAUGAAGUGAUUUGAGGUUUCCUCUGAUAACUUUUAUUUCUCACUACAGAAAGUCUCUUCUAUACAUUUUCGUAUUGCGAGUCCCCGGUCGUGAUCAGUUGAAUCAGGUACUCGAUGAUGAUGAUGUUGCAGCAAAACAUGCUCGGGAACAAGAAAUCAUUAUGUACAUGACAUUGAUGACGUCAUCGUUGCAAAACAUGCUUGGGAACAAGAAAUUUACAGAAAUGUGCAUAAUUAGAAUACAGAAGAAUCCGGAAAAUUUUUGUUACCCUCUUCCCAUUUCAGAAAUGUCAUCAACUUGUAACAAAGUGAACUUUUAAUGUAUCCACGAUUAAAUAAAAAUCAUGUGUUACCUCUGAGUCGACUCGUGAGGUUAAAUGACCAAUGAUAACUAUACCUUUUUA